AUGGCCUCUAACCCCCCUGGAGCUUGCUGUGCCACUGGCUUUAAGCAUGAGGGCACCCCUGUCGGUGAGGUGAAGAACAUCGCUGGUGUCGACACCUACAUCACCUACCCCAAAGACAACAAGAACCCCGACAAGGCCGUCAUCAUCCUCUCCGACAUCUUCGGUCUCUUCGUCAACAGCAAGCUCCUUGCUGACGAGUUCGCCAACAAUGGCUACUUGACCAUCAUCCCCGACCUCUUCCACGGCGACCCCAUCCAGAUUGGCGACAUGGAAGCCGGCAAGGUCAACCUCCCCGAGUGGAUUCCCAACCACCAGCCCGGUCGUGUCGACCCCGUUGUCGAGAGCUCCAUCAAGUACCUCAGAGAGGAACUGGGUGUUAAGCGUGUUGCUGGUGUUGGCUACUGCUUUGGCGGCAAGUACGUCUGCCGCUUCCUGAAGAACGGCAGGCUCGACGUCGGCUACACUGCUCACCCCUCGUUCGUCACCCACGAGGAACUCGGUGGCAUCACUGGUCCUCUGUCCAUUGCUGCUUCUGAAAUCGACCAGAUCUUCACCACCCAGCUCCGUCACGAAUCCGAGGACACCCUCAUCAAGACCGGCCAGCCCUGGCAGAUCAACCUCUACAGCGGUGUCACUCACGGUUUCGCCGUCCGUGCCGACCUGAGCAACCCGCACUUCAAGUUCGCCAAGGAGCAGGCCUUCUGCCAGGCUGUUGUGUGGUUCAACCAGUACCUGUAA